CAGCCACACACACAGGCACCGAAUCAAACCAAACCAAAUUGCUGUAUCGAUAGAUAGGCUCUCUCCCGCAAUGGAAGCAAAGACGGCCGAGGUUACCAACGUAUUGGACGAAUGUACUGAAGUCUCUCGUAUACUCGAAUCCCCGCGCACGCAAGACAUAACUCCUCGCACGCAAGAAUCGCCGCGAGGAAGGCGAAGGCAUCGCCGUUCGAGGAAAGCUAAGAAGCACAACGGGGACACGGUUGCUGCGCCUGGUUCAUCGGACAAAGGGACGAGAGAUAGCGACAUCCGGGAACACUCUGCAGCCACAGUUACCGACAAGAGCUCGAGCAGCAAGCACGACUCCACGGAAAAGACUACCAAUGCAGAAGAAGCCAAAAAAGGGAUCCGAGACAACUCGCUGCAGGUGCAGCAGCGUCAGGGUGCCGCGGAAGGCGCACAGAACACGGAAAAGGAUCGUGCGGCUCUGCAGGCUCAAUCCUCGUCGGUUACCGGCGGGACCGCGGAGGCCUCGCGAACGAAAGCAGGAGAGUCUGCGCCUCGAGGUGAUGUCGCUGAAACCCCGGAGGCACGCAGCCAGCGGUACCGGUUCUUGAGCGACGUGAACAAGACAGUAGCCCUUACGGCCGGUUUAAUCAUCGUAAUCUUCUUCAUAAUCAUCGGACCUAACGGCCCCAACCCCGUCGGGUAUGUUACGUGCGACACCGACGGCUGCUCCCUCUACGCGCAGAAGCUACGCGCGUCGCUUAACGCAUCCGCCUCCGACCCCUGCUACAACUUCAAGGAAUUCGUCUGCGACGGAUGGCGACGCCGGAACACCUACAGCGUUCGCCAAAACAUGACGGUCACCGCACUUGACGUGCUAGCGGAUCUGGCCCACAGUGUCAACGUGCCAACCAAAGGUCAGACGACUGCCCAGAAAGGCGCAGGCUUCUUCCGCAGCUGCGACGCUGUCCUCAGGAACGACAAGGACGACAUGGCAGUAGUCAAGAAGCUGUUGAGAGAAGCGAAGAUCGAGUGGCCUCGGCGUCCCGCGGAGCCGGACGUAUUGCACACGCUCUUCUAUUCGUCCAUUCGCCUUCGAUGGAGCCCCAUCUUCAACAUCGAGAUCGAAACCACGAAGACUUAUGCGACGCGAGUCUUCCUGAUGCCGUACGAGGACUUUGACCUCGUGGCGCGCAAGUACAUCUCCCUGAAGAAAUCCGAGGCUGCCGAAAGGCGUGCCUACUUCGAUGUCCUCGGCGACGAAUUCGGAGCGGCCGCGGCCGACCAGACGGUGGUGAGCUUCGAAGAAGUCGAGAACACCCUGCAGGUCAUGCUGGAUCCACUCCUGGACGCUAUGCUGAAGGAGGAGAGGAAGCCGCUGGCCAUCAGCACCGCAUGGCUCUACCGGCCUGGAGCCGAUCCGAGCAAAGCGCGCUGGCAAUCGGUGCUCGCCUCGUACGGCGUCGAGGGAAACGAGACGAUCAUCUACGAGACAGAAGCGCUAUCGUUCGUUAUGGAGUUCUUCAACCUGUGGGCCAGGUACGGCGAGGCCAUGACCGAAAUUCUGGUGUCUUGGUGCACCGUGCAGGUGGCCGCACUGUACACCAAUCAGCGGCUCGUCACCAACUACUACGGUACACAAGAUGCGACGCGCUUUCAGUACGGCGCCUUCUGUCUCAGCAAGGCUUACCUCAUCGCGGGUUUCUCCGUGUUCGCUCCGUACGUCCACGAAGAAAUGAAACCAUCAGCCCGCGGCGACGCAGAGGUCAUCGCCCUUUCUGUACGACGUGCUUUCCUCACGAGGCUCAUGGCGUGGAAACACUACGAGCCAGAAAGAAUCGUCUUGGGUGACUGGGAUUCUGUGUCUGUUGUCUUCAGCCCUUUUGACAGCGAUACCACGAGCAUCAGCAACGGUAAUCUUUCCUACCCGGAUAUGGGGGAGUCCCUGGCGGAGAACUGGAGAGACGCUGCGGUGCCUCUCGACAUCAUUCGAUCUGACAUGGUGUACGUCGCUCUGAAGUCUCUAAAACUGCACGUAGUGCUCGACCACGACUUUCUCCUUCUGCCGUUCGCCACAGCAUUUCCGAACUAUCAUCCUACCGUGCACAAAGCGAUCAAGUACGCCGGCGUCGGCAAGGAAGUGGCGCUAGCCUUGAGUGAAGCUUUUCUAGACACGUAUGCACGUUUCAACGAAGCAAAAAGAGCGAUUGAUAGUGCCUCCAUCUGUAUGGCCGGUGCGCCGGACUUUGUCAGCAACAUGGAAGCGAUCGCACUUAGCGCCCUUUUCGACGCCUUCAGGAACGCUUUGGAUGGCAAAGACAUUCGGCUCGGAGCUGUAUAG